GCUGCUUUCAGGAAGUCACACCUGGCACAUUUCUGAAGGAGCCUGACUCGGAUCAGACGUUCGCUAAGUUCUUUUAAAUGGAUGGAAUUUGGACUGCCCUUCAGAAAAUACCUGUCUUGGCCAAACGGGAGCCUCAUCCGGUGUUUAAGAGGUUCCUUAACAGGCUCAUGAGGGAUGUUUACAGAGCGGGUGAGCCCAGUAAUGGCAAUGAGAUUUUCUAUGAUGCCAAAAUCAAGCUGUCGAGCAAAAGCAUGAGUGCAAUCCGUUCGUUUCUGAGGGAUGCAGACAGUUCAACAACAGGGCCUCUGGAUGAUGCUCUAAGUGGCAUUCUGGUGGACAUUACUCGUACUCAUGCGAGUUUGUUACCCGGUCCAGAAUUGAUCGAUGGAGGCGAUCGCGGCCUAAUAUUAGUUGUUGGGUGCUCAUUUAUCUUUGGGUUACUCAUAUUCAUGAUCAAGGAUCAGUUAAGAGUUUCCUGGUUCAAAAUGUUCUGUGCAUUUUUUUUUUUUCCUUCUUUGUCAGUAUUCCUUGGAACUGGAUGUAUUUAUACAAGUCUUCUAGUAGAUGUAAAUGCAGCGCUACGUACUAUCCCUACUAAAGGCAUAACUGAGACCAAUGAGCUGACCUACGCCACAGCUACAGUCAUCCUAGAGAUGCUUGGCUAUAAGAUAAAUACCACAGGCCACAAAGCAGAGCCCCCAUGGAGAAGAAGGCUGGAAGCCAAGAUCAAGGCAACACGAAGAGAGGUUAAUCAGCUCUCAGACCUGCAGAAAGGUGUAGGAAAGAGUUUACCUAAGUACAACAAGCUGUCGAUUCCUGAGGCUCUAGAAACUGCCAAACACAGACUCGCCGCCCUUGCCACCCACCUAAAGAGAUACAAGGGAGAAGCAGAGGCCAGGAGAAUAAACCAGGUGUUCUCCACCAGCCCAUCCAAAGUGUACUCACAGUGGCAGGGUAAUUCAAGAUCAGAUCCACCCAGGGCUGAGACUGAACAGUACUGGAGGAACAUAUGGGAGAAGGAGGCAUUCCACAACACCAAUGCUCAGUGGCUAGAAGAUCUCAGAACAGAUCACAGCAAUCUCCCAGAACAAGAACCAGUAACCGUUACAACGGCAGAUGUCCAAGAAAGAGCAGCAGCAUUUGUUUUUUUUCUAAUUUUCUUAUUUUCAGGAUGGUAUGGAAGCUUUUUUACUGUUCAAGAUGACCCUUGUGAGGAAAUCCUAAGAGAAAUCUUAAUUGAUCCCCUCCUCUUGGUUUCUCCACUCAAGGUAUUUUUCUAUACCAUUACAACUUGCAUUAAAGAGCCACUGAAACCCUUAGGAGAAGGUUUAGGGGAGUUUUUCCGAGCACUCCUCAAAGAUCUACCAAUAAUCUCCUGGAUACCAGUCCUUAUCAUUGUCCCGCUGUGCUUUCUGAUACCUCUAUCUGGAGGCAUACCAAGAGUUUUCCAGCUCUUUGUGAGACGUAUGACACCCUUUGGGGGAGUUCUUUUACCUGAAAAUGCACAACGCCAAGAUGACGAUGUCAGGUUAGAACAAAAUGCCGUUAAUCAAACACAACCCGGAAGAGCCAUGGAGGAGCCCCGUAUUGAAUGUUUAAACAGUGCCGACCUAUCAAGUGAGGAGCCUAGAGAAGCUGCGGGGAACCAGGGGGGCUCUGAAAACCAGCCUGAAGCAAGAAUAUUCAGUUAACACCUUGUUCCAAUAAAAAAUAUGUACAACUUUUAGAAACUUGUCAUUUGAGUCAUUUCUGGAUACUGGUAUUUUUUCUUUCUCUUUUUUUAAAGAAAAUGUUAUGACUGCAAAAUACAAGAAGUGUGAUUUUUAAAUCUUCCAUUCCCAUCACCCCUUUUUGUUACACCUUGGCAGUGUCCGAACAUCUACCCUAAAUCCCUCAAUCACUACAUACAGUAGGGACUAUAUAGUGAACUUUAUAGUGACAACAAAUCCC